AUGCCUUUCAUCAACUGGCGUGUUGCCACCGCCGAAGACCUUGCCACCCUGAAUGUACAGAUGAUAAAAACCGAGCUGCAGCGCCGGAGCCUCUCCACAACCGGCAACAAGGAGGAAUUGAUCGACCGACUUCUGGUCGAUACCGCCCAAGAACCACCGCCAAACGUGCCCGCAGCUUCGACGUCGUUUCCAACCGUGCCAGCACCUACGAUGUCAUUCCCGGAAACGCCAACCUUUAUAUCAGACCCACCAGAGAACAUGCAGCGCAUGACAGCCUUCCUCCAUCAGAACAUGGCCGUGAUGAUGACAACGAUAGCGAGUCAAGCGAAUCCGGUGCGCCUAACGACGCUACCGGAUCUCUCAGCUUCGUUGCCUACUUUCAACGGAAGUGGCACCCCUACCCUCAAGCAUUGGGUCGAAGAGCUCGAGCGCACUCAACGACUUGCGCGAUGGGAAGACCCAACUCUCUUGGCCAUCGCACAAGGGAAGCUACGUGGUGUCGCAGCAGACUGGCAUGUGUCAACAGGGCGACAACUUACAACCUGGACCAUUUGGAAAGCCGGGCUUGAAGAGCAAUUUGGUGAACAACUUUCACUCAUUCAGUGGCACCAGAGAGUCGCAGCGAUCACGCAGAAAGCCAGAGAGAGCCUGCAGCAGUACGCCUUCGCAAAGCUGAAGCGCAUGUCACGCUGUCCAGUUCAUAUUGCCGACAAGGAACGCAUUGAAUACCUCGUUCAAGGCAUUCGUGACGAACAGGUAGCCACAUCCAUCGCCGUUCAGCGACCCCGGACCGUGGACGACUUCCUCAGCAUAGUGUCUGAAGUGGAUGGAGCAUUGGACCACACCCGCCUGGCCCGAUCUUCAAAGUCAACAGAGCAAGCCUUAGGACGCCCCACGCCUCAAGGUACCAUCGCCAAAUCUGACAGUGCCGUGAACUCCCCACAGUCUGGUCGAUCAUCUACCUUCCAGCACACCACACGUGUUAUGCCGCCUCCUCGCAUCACCAGCCUACCACCUCCUGACCAAGAAUCAAGGUAUGAGGCCAUUUCGACGAAGUAUGGUGCCCCAGCAUACAGACGAGGACAAGACUUGAGAGAUGCCGUGUGCUACAACUGUCAAAAGAAGGGCCACCUCGCAAGCAAAUGUACCGAACCAAAACAGCCUGUUCGUGACAAGCAGACAGUCCCCAAAGCACCAACGGCUUGUGUUGGCCGCGCCGAGGACUUCUUGUCUGGAUCCAAGUUUAGAUGUGCUGUAGUCACCGCACAAGUCAAAGGACUGGGAGAGAUCAGUGCCUUCCCAGACAGUGGUUCGAACGUCACUAUCCUUGCAGCAAGCCUACCAUCAAACCUCAAGCUGGAACCGUGGACCAAGCCACCUUUGCUUGUCGUCGGAGGAAGCUCAGUCAUGCCCGAAGGAUCAGUCUUUCUGCGGAUAACUACCGGACCUCUGUCUGCAGUUGUCAAAGCAGCCGUCCUUGAAAGGAAUGCCCUCCCGCUCAUUCUGGGAGAAGACUGGUUCUACGCAGCCCAAGCGGAACUGCAUUUCAAGCCUCCGCUCCUACCUGUGAUCUGCCAACCGUCAAACAACAUUAUCGUGCAGUGUAAGGAGGAACUCUUGCCAAGAAUGUCAAAUGCAGUAAUCUUGACAACUUCUGCGUUGUCACGUUUUGACCCCCCGCACUCUACAGCAGAGCCACCCCAAGUCGAGCACGAGCCAGAUGAAAACGAACCCUUGUGGAGCCAACUCAACAAGGCAACCUUACCUCAGGCGGACACAACUCGCUCCACGAGCCACCUCGAGACAGGCCCCCCAAGACCGUUGCCUCCAGACCAGCCUGCUAUCAUUCUUGAUGAUAAUUUGACCGAUAUCUGCCUAGGAGCUCAGCUAAGUCACGAAGAACAAGAAGCCGUAAAGAGCAUUGUACAACGCCAUGCUGGUCUUUUCAGCAGCAGCCCUGAGGACAUUGGCCUCUAUGAAGGCAUUGAACACGAGAUCAAGCUGAUGCCCGACGCCAAGCCCUACGGUCGACAGCCCUACCGCUACACCGCCAGUGACAGACAAUUCCUCGAGCGUGUGCGCACAUAUCUGGAUGACAUCAUCAUCUUUGCCGACACCUUUUCGGAGUUCCUGGAUCUUCUCGAAGAGGCCCUGAUUCUCCUGCAGCAGGCCGGCUUCAAGGUUUCCUUGAAGAAGUGCAAGUUUGCGGUUCCUUCUGUGAAGUUUCUUGGAUUUGUGAUCUCUGAACAAGGCAAACAACCAGACCCUUCAAAGAUCGAAGCACUCCUGCGAAUCCCAGCGCCAACAACGUCGAAACGGCUGCUAUCGUGGCUCCAAACGGCCAAUUUUUACAGACGCUUCAUAUGUGACUUUUCGAAGAUUGCAGCGCCUCUUCAAGCCGCCAUUCGGAACGUCGAGUUCCAGUGGACACCUGAGGGCCAGCAGGCUUUUGAAACUAUUCGCUCUGCACUAACGUCACCACCAAUAAUUGGCCACUUUGAUGCUGACGCGCCUACGACAGUUGCCACAGACGCAUCUGCUACAGCCCUUGGAGCAGUACUCGCCCAGAAGCAAGAUGGAAAAGAGACUGUGAUUGAGUAUGCCAGCCGAUUGCUCACGGAACCUGAACGGAAACUGCACAGCAAUGUUUGGGAAGCCAUGGCCGUGCAUUGGGCCAUUACAGUGAAAUUUCGACAUUACCUAUUGGGACGACGGUUCCAUCUUCUGACUGACAACUGGUCAGUCGCCUGUUUGACCACAAACUUCAAGCCGUCGCGACGCUUCACAGGAAUGCUACUCGACCUAGCCGAGUUUGACUUCUCGGUUGAGCACCGACCCGGACGUCAGAACCACGUGGCUGACAUGCUUUCACGAUACUCAUGUGCCACGGUGUCCCAGGUCGACACACUCAUCGCAAUGCAAGCUGAGACGAAACGUGCAAGGCCAUACGUGCAAAACUUCUGUCAGGACAGGACACCCAGAACUUUGUUGUGGUCGACAAGACCCUGUGCAGAGUUGUGA